AUGCGGCCCGGAGGCUGGGCGGGCAGGAAGCGGCGGUCCCGGAAGCUGUUUCUGGAGGUCAGUGGGCUGCUGAGGUCGACCUUGAGGCGCGGGGAGGACCCCGAAAUCCAGGAGCCGGCCCUGUCCCCUGCCACCCUCCCGGGCCUCCUGAGCCCUGCCCUGCCUGCCCUUCGUGACGAGGGCUCCCUGUGCCAGCCUCCUCCUGCAACUCAGGGAGAUAAAACGCCCAGUGGUGUGCAGAUGGCCAGGCCCGAGAAGUCUGUGCUAGUCCAUCCUUGGAGAGAAGGGGUUCAGGCAGCCGCUGCCAGACCCAUCCUCUUGCCCAACCUGAAGGGCGGCGGCCUCAACCACCCCCUGGACCAGGGGCUCCUGCACCCCACGCAGCGCCUUUGCAGCCCCUCCUCUGCUCUAGCUCCCAAGUCGUCGAAGAAGCCCAAGAUGCAGGCCGACGGAGACAUGUUCCCCAGUGACUGGAGCCCGCCAGCCAUGGAGUUCCUGAAGCGGAGGGCCCUGCUGGCUGACAGUGGGGCCCCAGCCCAGAGGCAGGCAGGCACGGCGGGGCCUCGGGGCCUGAGAAGACUGGCCCACCAGCUGCCCGAAGAGUCAGAGCAGGAGCCCCAGGACCCAGACCCCGUGGGGGGUCUGGCCUCACUGGAGGAUCCGUUCUGGAGCACGGCAGGCACCAGCCCAAAGGCUGCAGCGCCAUGGCUUGCCUCUGGGGGCUCCGAGUGCUACUUCAACAGCUUGGAUUACUUACUGCAGGAGAAGAGGGAACAGGCCCUGGAGCAAGAGCGAGAGAGGCUGCUUCUGCAGGACUGUCUUGACCUCAACUCCUUGGAUCCUGAUGAAGAUGAAGUGCCGCUCACACCACAGCACAGGAAGCUGGUGGAGAGGUUCUCCGUGUCACUGCGGGUCAUCCCAGCAGUACAUCCAGGCGAGACUAUGUUUCUACCCCGGCAUCACCUUCUGCCCUGCAUCCUGGACUGUUCACACCUGAAGCCACGGAGCUGCCUGGAAGAGCUGUUCCUCAGCUCCCCGCCGGCCCAGCAGCUCUCCUUCCUGCGCAGCGGCCUCCUGAGCAGCCUCUACCUGGCCUCUGGCCACUGCCCCGUGCCCCUGCUCCGGUGGCUGUUCCAGCUGCUGACAUGGCCUCCAGAAACUUCUUUGGGAGCCUUUGGUCUCCUGUGGGACCUCAGCAUGGAUGGGCUCUUCCGUCAGUCUGAUGCGGACAUGAGCUUGUGGUGCCCCUCGCUGCAAGAGGUCACGGCCGCGUUCCACAGCCUGGGUACCCACAGCCCUGCUUUGCAGCCCCCGGGGCCCCUCCAGCACGAUGGGAGGUGACUUAAAAGUGAGGCUAGCCUGAGCCAGAGUGAGCAGCAGGACACCCCCCAGGAGACGGCCUUGGACAGCAGCCUGAGCUACAUCUGUAAGUUCCUGACGCUGUGCGUGCAGGCCCAGCCAGGGGCCUACGCCGAUGGGAGCCUCUUGGGCCUGAUUGAGCUGCUGUGCCGAGCCGGCUUGGACGUGGGGCUUCGCCUGAUGCCCAAGACCGACCUCCAGCAGCUCCUGCUUCUGCUGCUGGACAGCAUCCAGGAGUGGCCGGGGAAGCUCCGGCAGCUGUGCUGUGCCCUGAGCCGGGCAUCUGAUCACCACCACAACCUGCUGGCGCUUGUGCAGCUCUUCCUGGACGUGACGCCCCGGAGCAGGCAGCUUCGACGCCAGCUCAGCCUCGUGAUCAUUGCCCGGCUGCUGGGCCAGCAAGAGACGCUCCCUCUCUGGCAAGAGAAGGCCCAGCUGUCCUCGCUCAGCCGUCUCCUGAGCCUCAUGAGGCCAUCAAACCUGGAGCAGUACCUGGGCCCUGAGACCAUGCCGCCCGGCCAGGAGCAGCAGCCAAAGGCCAGUGCCCAGCUGGACCACAAGGUCUGCUACCUGUGCUACAGCCUCCUGACGCUGGCUGGGCUGGUGGUCAGCUGCCAGGACAUUACUCCAGACCAAUGGGGAGAGCUGCAGCUGCUGUGCAUGCAGUUGGACCGCCACAUCAGCACCCACAUCCGGGAGAACCCCCAGGCCAUGCACCGGACCAAACUCAAGGACCUGGCUGCCCAGACCUACAUCCGCUGGCAGGAGCUGCUGGCCCACUGCCAGCCCCAGACCCAGUACUUCAGGCCCUGGGAAGAUAUCUAAUGGAGCAGGGCAGGGGUGGCCCAGCGCUCCUGGCUCUGG